AUGACUAUCCCCCGGAUAAAAUCUAUCGGGAGAUCGAUUUCAAACCAUACCGUUCGUCAGCUCAAGUUUAUCAUCCCCGGAGCUGUGAUCACGUAUGCAUUCAAUACCCAUCGCGUCUUUCUGAAGUUGUUAACCAGACAAGAUGUAGAAGGGUUAGCAAGACUGUUUGCCCUUGCUUCCACUGGUUUGGAAGCACUUGUGAUCAUACUUUUUCUCUACGUCCUCCUUGUACCGUGGAUACACGGCCUCGAACCAGACUACCAGUCUUGGCGAGACUCGGGGAUACUCUCUUCUGUCAUCCCAAUAUUGACCGUUGCGAUCUUGGUUGGCUGGUCACUUCUGUCCUUUACCCUCGGGAGGUGGUCUAGUUUGGGAUAUCUAGAAGGAGUAGUAGGGGCAUCAGGCAUUUAUGCACUCACGUUUGGACUAUUAGGCCUUCUUCCCGCCCCGAAAGUUCACCGCUCAUGA